GAGUGAACACUCUAGGUUUGUUUUAAUCACAAAUAUUUUAGAUCCCAGAAAUCAAGCCAGAAGAACCUACAAAUCCUACCAACUACAAGAAUUUAAAAUCUUAUAAAGAUACUUACCUGAAGAACUCACCAACACAUUCUAUCAGUGUUCCUACCCCAUUUGCUUCCUAUACUUCUUUCACUGAUCAUCACAGUAUGGACACAGGAGAAAAACAGAAAUACAAAGACCUCCUAAGAACACCAGGACCACAGUCUAUCUUCCCUUCCUCCAAAUCCCUAGAAACACGUACGCAAAAAAGACAUGCACAUGUUAAACCAACUAAUCUAAUCACCCAGCAUGCAGAUCAGCCAAUGUUGCACCCAAGCUACAUACAACCUGAGUCAUUGUCUGUACACAACCAGACCUUCAAGCAAAUUUCCCUUCGAGGACUUUCCAAACAGCACACAAGCUCACAGCAAGACCGCUCCUCUUCCAGCUCAGUGGCUCAGGCCCUUGAACUAACCCAGACCCCUGGGUUCACAUCGUAUAAUAUGAACAGUAUCACCAGUACAACUCCUGUGGAGGUUCACCAGUACUGGAGUCAGCCUGCUGAUCAGCUUACAGCCACCAAGGCAUCACAGGCAAAUAAUACUGAAUUUGUUGAAAUGUUGAAUAAAAACACCUCAAAGGCCCCAAUGAGGACCACAGACAAUAAUGCCAGGGAGAAGAGGAAGUCACAGGGUUGGCUGCCUGUGCUUGAAAAACAUGACAUUCCAAUUGUGGUAGGGGUGGGAGUUUCCUUGGCAUUUAUUUUCAUCACCAUGGCUUUCUAUUCUUUAUUUCGGAAAAAUGACCCUGCAGCUAUAACUACAGGACGAGCAGCUCUCAGAGGCCUUGGCGGGCCCUGCAGGCACGGUGAACGUCUUGCAAUUGAAAGGACAUAUGAUAAUAAAGCUUUUGAGGAUGACAACAUGGUUGCUGUUAUUGAGCAAAGCCCAAACACAUCUGAGAUGAGAGCCCAUCCCCCGGCUUCCAGUCCAUCCACCUUGCUAAUGGAACCGUGUUAUGAUGACACAAAAGAGGAAGUCCAGCCAAGCCAAGAUAUGCCGGUUAUAGUGGAAACACACCCACAGCCCUCUGAGGAGGAGCAGUUAGAGACCUCAUUUGAGGAAGACAAAGUCACGCCCUCUCUCCCAUCUGACAUCCAGCUUCAGUGUAUGGAGGAUUGGAGGAGCCAGGAUUUGGGACAGUGCCAAAGGGAGGCCCCUUCACCACCCCCUUCCAACCUUUUGGGCACUCAGGAAGAGGGACUCCGCUCUUCUCUGACCCUGCAGACCAGCGAUUCCUCUUCCACCCCAGUACACCACAGCAUCAGCCUCUCCCAUGCCUCCUGUCCCCUCAUGCUGUCCCACUGUGUCACCCUGGGCAUGACCUCUGUGGCUGUUGAUGUGCACUUCUACCCUUCCACUACUGCGCAAUAUGGGCCUCUAAGACCUCAGAGCAAUUCCCGGCAUGAGCACGAUCAAAACGCUCUGUCUACUCACCAUGGCAAAUGAAUAAUGGGAAAUAACAUUCUGGCAGGGCUUAUACCUACUUGAAUGUUCAUUAAAGAUAAACAAAGACAUGCCCUGCUCUGUUUCAGAGGGAACGAUGUUAUUAAGGUUUUUGUCUGAUUUAUAAGGUGCUGUCAUUUUGCUUAUUUUUUUUCUGCUUUUAUAAUUCUCCUGUUCUUCUUUCCUGGUUAUAGUAUAAGCAUAUAAUUAAUUCUUUUAAGAAAACAAACAUAAAAUAAAUUACAUCUAUCAAAUGCCAAGAUUAUGUUAUUACUUAAAAAAAUAAAGGCUGUGUAUAUGUAAGUGUGCUUUAGAAAUGACAACAAAUUAUAUGAAUUAAUAAUGAUUAAUCAAAUUAUUGCAGCACUUUUACUUGAUAUUAGGAUAGUAACAGAUAUCUCUUAGAGAAUGAAACUAGCCAUAAAACUAGCUGCAUUGAUUUGCAGUUAAACUGUUAUAAAUGAAAGGUGCAUGAAUGAAUGAUUUAGCUUUAGAUGUAGAUUUUUCUAGUGCAAAUCAACAUGACUGUUACAUUUACAUCACCAAAGGUUGUGCUACCUGACCACUGAACAAAUCUGUUUUAUGUUAAUAUCAGUAUUACAGUUAAAAUAUUAUAAAAAUUCAUGUUAUAUUGUGUUUUCAUUUUGAAUAGUUAAGACAACAUUUAAUAAAACUCU